UUGUGCAGUUUGGUCAGUCUAAAAAAGCAAAAACAAAGUUUUCCUGGAACGAAUUUUUGCAAUUUUUACCAAAAUGACGCAGGUGGCUUUUCUGGACAACCUGCUGAGGGAGUACCUAGUUUUCCGUGGGUUUUCCAGUACCCUGAAGGCCCUUGAUUUGGAGCAACGCACGGAGAAGGACCAACACUUUCGGGCGGAGCGAAUUCUCGAGCAGUUCCAAAACGCAAUCCAGGCCUACGACCUUCAGGCCCUUCGCAGUCUUUGGCUGCACCUGGACAACAACCUGUUCUCAAAGCUUGAGCAUACCUACGCUGUGGCUGUGAAAAAACUGGAGAACAGCUUACUAAAGUAUUAUCUGGUCACGGCAUACAGUAAUAAUCGACACGAUAAGGUCUCGGAUUUCUUCACAAAGAUGGCUGGAGAGCUGCAGCAGCAUAGUGAGUGGAAGGAUUGGUUCUAUUUUCCGUUCUGCCGAAAUGCGGAGGAGUCACCCACGUUUGCUCUGUUCUUCACCAAGCAGUGGCAGGAUACACUGCUCCUUUCGCUUCAAAACUUUCUAACCACCGUCUACCAAUGUCUGCCGCAACCCACAUUUGUGCGGGCCGAGCAGGAGGCGGCUCAUAUGCAACGCCUCAGCGACGACAAUGCUGGUCUUCGCACCCGACUGCUUCACCUGCAACAGGAACUCCACCAAGUGACCCAGCAACAAUCGGGAACGGGAGCAGUCAGCGGAAGUUCCCUUAGUGGGGAUGCGGGUGCUCGGCGGAGGAGCGUCUAUCGACCGCAACAAAGCCUCAGUGACAUCUUGCCCUUUGACAUUAGUCCACCCGGUCACAUCGUGGACGACUUUUGCAUUAUUGCCUCUGAGGCGAAUAGUGUGAGCCAGGCUAGCGACGCCCAGGCCCGGGGACUUAAGCAGCUUAUCCGCAACAUAGGGUCUGGCGGCUCACCCGUGAUGGGUCGCAAGGAUCAGGCUGCUGGUUCAGUCGGAGACAAGUCGAGCAAACGCAGAUCGGGAAGCGUGGGCCGUAGUUGGAUUUAAUAUAGUCUGUAGAGCUCAGGGUCGAUAGUUAUGGCAUUCCCGACAACAUUCCCUAAUCAGUUUAUAUUUCAAAAGUACUAGGCCUGCAUCCUUAUAUUUUUACUGUUAUCAGCAAUUAUGAUUUUUUUAAACAUUUUUAUAAUUGACAUUUAGUUUAGAUAAGUAUAAUUUAUCGUAGAUAAGUCUCUUUUAUAUAA